AUGGCGGCGGCGGCGCUCUCCCGCAGGGGCCCAAAGAGCAGCAGCAGCAGCAGAGCAAGGAAGGAGGGAGGCCGGCAGCACCGGCAGCAGGGCCAGGGCCGGCCCCCCGCUUCUUCAGCCACCAGAACCCCGGAGGAGGGCUGGUCUCGAUCUCCAGUCAGUGCUUUGGAUGAUACCACCACUGACACUGAAUCCGACUUCAGUUUGAAGGACAUCCCAGCUCAGCAAUCUGCACCAUCUAUCCUGACUGAGAUAGAUCCCUCUUUGUCCAGUGAUGAUAGAAGUUCCAUUAUGAAUCAGACCAUCAAGAUAACAAAAUCACUCAACAUACACAUCAACCAAAUGAAGAACCAUAUUGAGGACCCCAUCUUCUGUAGUGUACAGAGGCAGGUCCCUGUACCAGGGACACUACUGAUGUUACUGCAUUUUCUACAGAAUAUCUCCUAUAUUAGCUGUUACUUGGCUGCAUUAUUGGCCAACUUCCAUUUCAUCGGACUGCAAGUUUCUGAACUUAACAGAUCUCUGUACUGUACUCCUGCCUUACCUGAUGAGUUACCUGAUGUCUUCAGGAUUGAUAUGCAUACUUCUCGGUGGCGUGAUGAUACUCCUGCUUUCUGUGGAGAUAAAGAUGGCAGCAAAGUGACCACAGUUGUAGCCACCCCUGGACAAGGGCCAGACAGGCCUCAAGAAGUUAGUUAUACAGACACCAAAGUGAUUGGGAAUGGAUCUUUUGGUGUUGUGUAUCAAGCCAAACUCUGUGAUUCGGGAGAGAUGGUUGCCAUUAAGAAAGUUCUACAAGACAAGAGAUUUAAGAAUCGAGAGCUUCAGAUUAUGAGGAAACUCGACCACUGUAACAUUGUCAGAUUGCGUUAUUUCUUUUACUCCAGUGGAGAGAAGAAAGAUGAGGUAUACCUUAAUUUGGUUCUGGACUAUGUUCCUGAAACAGUAUACAGAGUUGCCAGGCAUUAUAGUCGGGCCAAGCAAACACUCCCCAUGAUAUUUGUGAAGUUAUACAUGUAUCAGCUGUUCCGAAGUUUAGCCUAUAUCCAUUCCUUUGGAAUAUGCCAUCGAGAUAUAAAACCACAGAAUCUUUUACUGGACCCGGACACAGCUGUUUUAAAACUUUGUGAUUUUGGAAGUGCAAAACAGCUAGUUCGUGGAGAGCCCAAUGUUUCUUACAUCUGCUCUCGGUACUAUAGGGCACCAGAGUUGAUCUUUGGAGCCACCGAUUAUACCUCCAGUAUAGAUGUUUGGUCAGCAGGUUGUGUAUUGGCAGAACUAUUACUAGGACAACCAAUUUUCCCAGGUGACAGUGGUGUAGACCAGUUGGUGGAAAUAAUAAAGGUUCUUGGAACCCCUACAAGAGAACAAAUUAGAGAAAUGAAUCCAAACUACACUGAAUUUAAAUUUCCUCAGAUUAAGGCACAUCCAUGGACUAAGGACUCGUCAGGAACAGGACAUUUCACCUCAGGAGUACGGGUCUUCCGGCCCCGCACUCCACCAGAAGCAAUAGCGCUAUGUAGCCGUCUGCUGGAAUAUACUCCCACUGCGCGUCUGACUCCGCUGGAAGCUUGUGCACACUCUUUCUUUGAUGAAUUACGGGACCCAAACAUCAAACUACCGAGUGGGCGAGAGAAACCUGCACUCUUUAACUUCACCACUCAAGAACUGUCAAGUAAUCCAUCUCUGGCUUCGACCCUCAUACCUGCUCAUGCUCGAAAUCAAGCAGCUGCUUCAACCCCUACAAAUGCUCCAGUAGCCUCAGAUGCUAAUGCAGAUCGAGUUCAGACCAAUAAUGUAGCCUCAGCGUCAGCCUCCAACUCCACCUGAACUGGUCACAAGCAGCAGCCUGUACAGAAACAAUCGCCAGUAAUUUUGAGUCUCGCUCAGCAACACUGGUCACAUUUGGAAAGAAAAUGUAAAAAGAGGGGGGGAAACUGUUCAUUAUAGUGUUCAAUUUUUUUUAUUAUUGUUGUUCUUAUUUAACCUUGUAAAAUAUAAAUACAAACCAGUUUCAUUGUUUGCUCACUCUGCGGGCUCUUUGGGCAGGGGACUAGGUGGGGGUGGGAAGAGGGGAAGUGGAGCAAUAGAACACACUCAUGUCUCUUCCCAUGACAAUCUUCAAAUUUAAAAAAAAACUGCUGUUAGAUACUUCAGAAUCAGGUAUCUUGUCUCAUGCCCUUGCAAAACAAAAAGAAGGGAAACCCUAAUUCUGCUGAAGCUCCUUUUUAAGCCUUGUAUUUUUAAGUGAAGUUUCAACUUUUGGUGUAGUACAUAACUUGAAUUUGGUCAGGAGCUUAGCAGGAGUUGCUUGCCUUGAAAUCAUAUGCUUGGAGAUCUUUCAUGUCUUUUGUGUUUUUUAGGCGAGGAGGAAGAACAUGGUGAGGUGCUAAAAUAUGCUGUAUUGCCAAAAGGGGAUCUGGGAGAGUGGGGGAGUUAAUGCGUGAGUAAAUCCUGGAAGAAUAAGGGGAAGAUGUUGAUCUUGAGUUCCUUUCUAACAUUGGAAAAUUCUGUAAAUAUGUAUGUUUCAUAUAUACACACAGACGGUUGGCUUGAAUGAAAGAUCCUCAUUUACCUACCCUAAAUUUGUUGGAGCUGAAGAUUGAAAGAUCUGUAAAGCAUAAAAAAAGACCAUGGCCAGUCUUCAGCAAGUAGGAGGAGGUACACAGACCCACGGGUGCAGAAUGUGGAUUGAACGCAGGACAAAGACGCUUCUGCACCUUCCCCUCCUGCUGAUACUCUGAACUGGCUUCUUGCUUGAAUACGGGAGAAAAGAAAGCCUAGGGUUAUAAUGUGAAUGGACAUAAUAUUUUCAUGGGAAUUAGAGAGAUCAAAUUGGUGUAUUGUUUUAGUGGUCAUUUUGAAUCCAGAGCUAGAAUUUUCGAACUUCACCAUUUUUCAGCCUCUUCCUUUUUAAUCUUUAUUUAUUGAUUUUCAGCAGUUGCUGUUGUCACAAUGGUAGAAUCUUUAAGAAGUAAACUAAUCAGUUUACUUGCUCCUGCUGGCAUAUAAAAAGCUAAGUGUGUGUGUAUAUAUGCACAUAUACAUAUACAUAUAUAUAUAUAAAUAUAAAAUAUAAAUAUAUACAUAGAUACAGUGCUGCUUUUUACUUUUUAUUUUUUACUCUAACUGGUCUGACUAAAGCAGAAAUGCCUGUUUCUAGUGCUUUUGUGUUCUGGGUUAUUUUAUAGUGGUAAAAAGUCUCUUGUUUAUGAAGUGAAAGCAAUACUCCAUGGAAGGUCCCAGUGAGGCGGUAAGAAGGAAUGCCAUUGCCACUGCAUCAAACAGGUUCUCGUGACUGGCUUCCUCUUAUAUUUGAGAGAUGUGCCUAUCUAGCCUUAUAUUCAUAUAUAUAUAUAUAGUCAUCUUGGUGCUCAUGGAAGUUUAUCUCAUUGGCCAAUGAUCUUUCGAAAUGCGAUUUGAUCCAAGAAGAGCUGGCAGUGUGUCAGUAGGGCCCCUUGUGGAGACAACUGGACUUGGGACUUCAUCCUAAUUCUUUUUUCCUUUCCUAGAUUGUGUAGACUUGGGGGAGGCAAGCAAGCCCUGUUUAAGUCUUGUCUAUUGAAGUUGUUGGGCCGGGAGGUUGUUGUCGCCUGCCUAAUGUGCCAGAUGAGUACAAGCAGAGUUCACACAAAGUGUUUCUGAAACAGUUUCAAGGGUGGAAAACCACCUUUGGUCCAAUAUUCCUGUUUACUGUAAAAGACUCCCCUGGCGAAUCUGACUGCAUGAAAUGAGCCCGUAAGUGUCCUCCAUGUUCAGGAUGUGGCCUUCUUGUCCGGAGCUCAGGGGACACUUGGACAGGCGAGUGGAAGGCAUAUAGCGGAAAGUCAGUUUUGCAGUCGUUAUAGCGGGACGGUCUGAACUCAGAAAAGAGAAGGCGUCGUAGGAUUUGCAUAACUUUUUGUUAGCUUAGAGCUAGCACAGGAGAAGAAUUAAAAGCUUUAAUUCUUUUUUAAAAAAAUAUUUGUGUGUGUGUGUGUGUGCGUGCGUGUGUGUGU